CACCCUCCAGCUGUAAUGUCAAGUUCUUCUGGUAAUUUAGUGAGAAAAAUUUUUUAAAACCAAGAAAUCAAUAAUAAUCAAACAAAGAAACCAUUUCCAUUAAUCUGUAAAGCACUUAGCGCAAUACACAAUAGUUUUGAGUGAGCAAUAAAGCUAUUCAUUUAUGAUACUUGUCUCUUGUUCAGUCAAGUGUUAAUCCAGAGGAGUGUUCAAAGCUGUAUUUGUUUAUACUUCAGGCUGCCAGGUAACCCAACAGUGUGUCUUAGAUGUGCCAUGUUUGAGUCCUACAAGACAAUGUCGGUUGUACAAUGAGAGACACGCGUGCCGCGGCUCAUGUGAAACCUACGCCAUCUGUACAUUUGGAAGAUAUUUUACAAGGCAGUGUCCCGAGGGGCACUACUUUGACGACAAUAUAAAAAUGUUAGUAUUUGAAGCAAUUGCAUUACACUAAUUUUACUUUCUUUGACCUCUGCUGCAGUUUAAUUCCAAGGACUCGAUGAUUUAUGUUUUUAAUGUGUACUGAAUCAUUCAUUGCAUUCUUUCUGCUGCAUUGCCAUCAGCCGUUUUCAAUUGAAAAGCUGGAUGCUCGAGUAGCAAUAUCCACCAGUUCACACUAUGCAUAGAUACCAUUUCAAGCAAAAAAACCAGCACAAAAUAUUUGUGUUGUCAUCAAUACUAGAGUGAUUUUUAAAGACUUCAUAAAAUUAUUCUCUUAGAAGAAUAAAAAUGAAGAACAUUUCUAAAAUUUACCAUUUAUUAUUUUUUUUCAGCUGUGUUGUUGGAAAUUGCUUGAGAUCACCCGCUGACACCGUCCCAAAUUUUCCUGCUGGCAUAUCCAUGCUGCCUCCAGCCAUUCAGAGAAUCAGAGGCUAUCCCAACCUACUACAAGACAACAGUUUAGCAGCUUUCAGAAAUAGAAAUCCAACUGUACAUAACUUCUACUCUCAUUAUCUUUCUGGGAACUCAAGAAAUUUUGGGUAAAUAACAAACCAGGGCAUUAAAGAGAAAAAAAACACAGGAGAAUUGACAUCAUUACAAUGGGACUCAACUAGACAGUAGACUUUUGUUCACACAUUAACUUCUGUGGCAGGCGAAGCUCUUUUGGCAAUACAAUUUCCACAGCUAAUGUUAGGAAUGGGGACCACUUGUGUACCCUAAAAACUAUCCUUUGUGCCAGAAGAGGUAAUUUGUUUUAAAACUCAGA